AUGCCCUCCAGUCUCAGUUACAGCCUACCGCCGCCGGAGGCAGCAGGUCGGCGUUCUCCGAGCAAGCAGAGGCAGAUCAAAUAUCUUUACAGCCACGUGUCACAGGGCGACGGGAUGAUGUCAAAAGACUCGAUUCAGAUCAACUUUGUGGUCCAAACGUCGAGAGGAAGCUGCUGGGUUGGGGAUCCAAACGCCGUCGUUUACGGCCAAUUUCACCUCAACGGUCGCUCGACCAUCAACGACGACUUAUCUUCAAGACCCAGCCUUUCAAGCAAACUGGGUCGGAAGCUUUCGGGGUGGGGUGUGCCUCAACCUCAGCAGGCAACGAUUGUUGAACAGGUGUUUCGGCUGCUCGAAAAGGCCAAGGGUGUCGUUGUCACCAUCCAGAAAUCGACUGUGUUCAUUUUCGAUAGUUUGAAAGACCACCAAACCAUGGUGGAGCAUAUCAAGAAGACCGAUUCGGAGCAUUUUGAGGGUUUGGGGAAAGUGACAUCAGUUGGAGACAUCGUCCCUCCUCCAUCAUGCUCUAUUUGUUUGGAGGGCGUUUCACAAGCCCAAGCUCAAAGUGGCGGUGUUGCUCGCUUGCCCUGUUCCCACAUUUAUCACAAAAACUGCAUUCUCCCGUGGCUGAACAAGAGUCAUUUGUGUCCCAUUUGCCGACACCCUGGCCCAAUUUCCCAAGCCCAAUUGGGCAAACCCUCAAAACCCCGCCUCCUCCGCGUAGGGUUUAGGCGGGGGUGGUGGAAGAGGUUUAGGGCUAGUUAG